GAAAGAAUGCUCCUCACCAAACAGUAACAAAACCCCAUUUCCUCUUUGUUACAGGGAGAGUGGUAUUUUGGUUUUUGUUAAAAAAUACCGAACAAAAAUUUCAGGCUACGUGUAGUAGCAGACAGCACGCGGUAUUUUGCGUAGAAACCAAACAGAAACAGAGAGAGAUAGAAAGAGAGAGGGAGAGGCGCACAGAGAGAACAAAAAUCUCUCGUAUCAUUUGCUGUUCAUCACUUGAGUUUUCGUUCAUAGAUUUGUCUUGUGUAGAAACUAGAAACAUACUUGGGUAUUAUUUUCCGGGAAAGUUUUAUCUGAUUCCGGGACAAUAAGAAAAAACUUGGCCUAACCAAAAUAAAUCCACCUUUCUCUGUCUCGGAUAGUGGAUUUUCUCUGUGUUUAUCACCGUCAAAUCCUCAUAUCCUAUCUUGACGUAACAGGGGAAAAAAAAAAAAAACUUAAACUUCAAUAAACUUUAGUAACAUCUUAAGUUUUUAAUCGGAAUAGCCAAUUUCAAGCCUCGAUUUUCUCUCUUUGAUCAUCCAAUCACCAUAUUCCAAUCGAAAAUCAAAAUUUUGAUUUCUGGGUUCAUUCCAAAAUCUCCCAUUUUCAAAUUCCCUCUUCGUUUUUACUUUUUUUUCCAUUAUGGAAACCUCGUGAAUCGAUUUUCAGUUUCUGGGUAUUUCCAAAAUCUCAUAAUAGCAGAACUAUCGCAAUCACAAGAGAAACUCAACCGAGUUAUCGAUCCGGGUCAUCAAGUCAAAAUGAAAUCCGUGUCACUUGAUUACUGGAGGGACUAUUUUAGGACGGCGAAUUCUGAUAUUUUCAGUAUCAUCGAUCAUGCGAUCACCGUUGCUGCUUCGGAUUGUCCAAAGGAGUUCCGUUUGCGUAGAGAUCGAAUUGCAGAGCAUUUGUUCUCUUUCAGAUUGACCAGGUGCUCCGGCUGCAAUCGGGUCGAGCUGGCGGUGCCGGCUCAUGAAGGUGAGAAUGAUGAUGGAGGCUACAAGAGAGGAGAUGGUGGUAAUUGUGUUAUCGAUGAUGAUGAUGUAUAUACUGAUAUUGAUGGAUGUGAUUUUGAGGCUGGAGGUAGUAAGGAGAGCAAGGUCAAUGGUAGCUAUAGGGAUGAUAUUGAUAUGGAUAUUGGAGAGGUGAACGUGAAUGAUCAGCUUUUUAGUAAUUAUAGUUAUGGUGAGGCUGAAGCCUUGAGUGAUGAGAUUGAGGAAGAGUCUCAGGUAGUAGGUGAAGUCUUGAGGAUCAAAGACAUUCUUCUCAACAGCCAAGAUGAGUCUGAUUCAGUAUUGUUUGAAUCGUUGAGGCGGCUUCAAUUGAUGUCUCUGACUGUAGAUAUACUUAAGGCAACUGCGAUUGGAAAGGCUGUCAAUGGUCUUCGAAAACAUGGAUCAAAGCAGAUUAGCUGUCUUGCUCGAGCUCUUAUAGAUGGAUGGAAGAUUUUGGUCGAUGAGUGGUAUAAUGCUACAAAGGUUUUCAAAGGUGAUGAAGGUACUCCUGACUCUGUUAAUCCAUCUGUUGUUGAUGAUGAGGAAGAAGAAGGGCUUCCAUCUCCUCCAUUAGAUGAAGCUUUCUUUGCCACACAAACUACUGGAAUAGAGCUCUCACAGUUCUUUGAUGGCAUGGAUGACUUUGGAAAUCCUCGGAAUUGUGGGGAAUUCAUCAAGAACCGUGAAAAUGGAAGAAAACCAUCGGUGGAGAGUCGAAAUAUCACAAAACAAAAACUGCAGACUCCUAAUGAGGUAAAUGUCAUCGCCAAGGAUAAUAAGAGUCAACAAAUGAGGAGGCAAGAAGCUGUCCCGAAGCUAAAUAAGCCCUCACACACUGAUUCUGGUCCUGGUAGACCUCCAAGACAAAGUGCCGAGCAAAAAACAAAAACUGAUCCAAAGAUACAUCGAAAAAUGGAUAAGGUUACCAACCUGAGAAAGCCUCCAAGUGGUCAACAAGAUAAAUUGAAGUGUUCAGAUGAAGUUGCUGAAAUGAAGCUUGAAGUCACUAAAAGGAAACUCCAUGAGUCUUACCAACAAGCUGAGAAUGCUAAGAAACAGCGAACGAUACAGGUCAUGGAGUUACAUGAUCUCCCUAAGCAGGGGCUUGUACAUAAAAAUCCGCACAUGAGGCCGGGAAGCCAUAACCGGAAUUGGGCACAUGGACGGCGGUUAUAACUUUUAGCAGUUUUUAUGCAGAUUGGUUCAGUAGCCUUUCGAGUUUCUCAGUAGAAGGAUAUUAGUAACUCGAGGGGUGUGCUUCGACUUGAACCGUGCGCAUUAAGAAUAAUUCUCUUUUAGAUGAACAAGGCCAUUGAGGUGUAGAGACAUUUUAUGAGGAAAUCGUUGGGGUGGGGCAUGUGCUUAUGCAGAGUAGAUUCUUGAACCUGGUUUAGUGAUAAACAUAUCGACAGAAAACCUUGAUUUGGACUUACUUAGAUUGCUUCUCAACAUUUUUUUCCCAUUUUUAGUCAAAACUUUAGCUCCAUGGGAAUGGUAAUAGGUAUAAUAUAUGAAUUUGCACAGACUAAUAAGUGCAUUUCAUUAAAGAUGCUGUAGAAACCCUGAUGUUUCAAUAUAUAAGAUUUUCAAAGUUUAUCAAUAAGUUUUUAUUUA